AUAAGUCCAUCCCGGGGGAAGUUGUCAACAUGGCGGCGGUGGACGUCGUUGUGUGUAACUUGGUGACUCUGUGGAGGAUACCAGCCGUCAGACACAAAUUCCCGUGGAUGUUUUUGCUAAUUGCAGUCGUGGGAUCCAUUCUCAAAGAGCUCCAGCUCGUGCCGGAGACGUAUUUCAGCAGCAGAAGAAAUUUCCUGAACGUCUAUUUUGUCAAAGUAUCGUGGGGAUGGACGCUGCUGCUGCUCACUCCCUUCAUCCUCCUCUCCAACACGGCCUUUAGCCGGAACGCUGUCUACCUGGGCAGACGGCUCUUCUCUCUGGUGGUGGCCACGGCCGUGUGGUACGUGUGCACCGAGACCUUUUUCUACAUCGAGGACGUGACUGGCUCUUGUUAUCAAACCGACUCCAUGGACGUGAAGAACACCCAGUUUUCGUCCAAAGCCGACUGUCGGCGCGCCGGGCUCCACUGGCACGGCUUUGACAUCUCGGGGCACUCCUUCAUCUUGACGUACUCCGCCCUCUUAAUCGUGGAGGAAACGGCGCCCAUGGCCUCUCUGAAGACAGCGAGUAUGUCUGCGCUACCGAGGGGUGUCCUUAACCUUCUGUACGUGGCGCUUAACCUCAUAGUCAUCAUCUGGAUGUGGAUGUUCCUCUGCACCUCGGUUUACUUCCACGACGUGUCUCACAAGGUGCUGGGCACUGCGAGCGGGCUGCUGGCGUGGUUCUUGACAUAUCGCUUUUGGUACCUUAAAGCGCUGUCACCGGGUCUCCCGCCACAGUCCCGGCUCAAAGGACAGAAGCAACACACCUAGCUGUGCCCGCGCGCUUGUAUCGAUACACUACACUCUUAUUUAAGUUAUUCAGAGGUCGUUGCGUACAGAACAACGUUGGUGUGACGUAAGAGCAAAGCACUGUAGUUUUUAUUAAAGACAUACGUGUGGUAAUCUUGUUGAAGCAGUAUGACUUAGCUUUUGAUUGUAAUUGUGUAUGACACUACAAUAAUCCCCAUUACUGAAAAUUGUAAUGUAAUUGACCCUCCGAAUAUUUUUAAAAUAAAAAUACUGCCUAUUUUGAUAGUUUAAACUGUAAAUAGACCACUAACUCUGAUCCCAAAAUACUAAUAUAGUGGUCUUACAAUGUUGUCAUGCAAAUAAAUGGCUUACUGAUUUGAUUUUUGCAAAUGUAACCUGACUGUCAAACUCAGCUCCUGAUGUGUCACAUAAACAUAGUUCCUUGGCAACAAGCUGCCUGCCACACGAUGGGGCCAAAGCCCUGUUUGAGUACAGAAAAGUUUUGUUAGACCUAAUCUAUGGAAAACUAAACGCUAAAGAUUGCUUAGUAAUCAAUUAAACAGUGAAUCAUAUAUUUGGAGGAGGGGAUUCCAUCCCUAUACUGUGUUUCAAUGUGACAAUGCAGGAGAUGCACAAAUUGAUUUAGAUUAUUUUCUGGUUUGAGCUAACAUGACCAGAAAUGAACAAAAAAUGUGGCUGAGUGUUUCUGAAAGGGAAAUCUGUUGACGGCAGAUGUUAACACAAAAGAUGCUUUUGUGAAACACUUGUGAAAUUGGGGAAUAUUUACUCUUGAGAGGCUGAAAUCAUGAGUAUCUAGACAAAUUUAAGUUGAAUAAAGUCUCCAGACUCUACACAAUUAAUCGAUUGUCACAAUGGUUGUUUAUUAAUUUGAUAGUUUUUUAUAUAUUAAUGCAUGUCUAUUGUGAUACAAAACCACUUCUAAGUCAUUUUACAACAUUGCCCUUACAAAUGAUUUGAUUAAAAAUGCAAAUGAUGUGCUGAGCUUGGCUGCUGAUGUGUCACUUUAACAUUUGCACCAACAUGCCAAAAGAUGAUGCUAAAGGCCAGGAACGUUCUGUUCGACCUGCGGCAAAUUGGUACAAAGGGUUUGUUGCCUUUUUCUUUCAUUUUUGACUGACUGACUGGCCUCGGGUAUUAUCGCAGAUGAACAUCAAAUAUUAAUAUUGGGAGUUUUCUGUAUCAGUUUGAGAAAUAAUUUGUGUUGUGCUGCUUUGCAUGGUGAAAUUUAUGUCAAGCUGGGUGAAAAGACGACGCUUGCGCUUGUCCACGGUCUGUGUUUUCGGCUUUGGGACCAUCUUGUUUUUUUUUCAUAGAAAGAUAUACAUAUGCAAUUACUAGUACAAGUCAAGUAGUACUUUCAUUUGUAUUCCAUACUUUGAGCUUCAUCAAACUGUCAAGAAAAUAUUUUCUUGUUACACACCUGCAGGUGCCAAAAACUUGUAUUAAAGGUUUAAAUGAAUUGA